ACGUCAUCAACAGACGCCGGAAAAGGCGCAACCUGAGAGUUCAUCAUCGAGCUGAGGUGGCUUUAUUAUUGGAGCGAGUAUUACCUGUUCGUAUCUGUGUUCCUCGACGAAUGAGGUUGUUGUUGAGUAACUGUCACGCCACAGGUUUCGUUUGAUUGAGUGGACGGCACUGCUAGCUAGUUAGCCACCACCCUUUUCUAGCUAACGUCGUUCUCGCUUUAAGGCGCUCAAACACUCCGCUCAUUCGACGCCAUGGACCCCGUUGGUCAAGACAUCAACCUGAACUCCCCCAACAAGGGCCUUGGCCCUGCAGGAGGUGUAGACUCCCUAACGGAGGGGGGAGCCAUGGGAGUAGCAGCUGUCAACACGCUGCCCCCAGGGCUCACGGAGGAAGAGGCCGAGGAGCUCUACUCUGAUCUAGCCAAGGUGGAGGAGGAGAUCAACACCCUGAGACAGGUGCUCCUGGCCAAAGAGAAGCACUCUGCUGAGCUAAAGAGGAAGCUGGGGCUGAGCCCCCUCAACGAGCUCAAACAGAACCUCACCAAGGGGUGGCAGGAUGUCCAGACCUCCAAUGCAUAUCUGACAGCGUCUGAAACUUUGGAUGGCAUUGCCCAAUCUGAAGCGUAUAAGAAGACUUCUGAGACCCUGUCUGUGGCUGGACAGAAGACCACCGCUGCCUUCUCCACCAUGGGCACUGUCCUCAGCAGGAAACUGGGAGACAUGAGAAACUCUCCUACCUUCAAGUCGUUCGAGGACAAAGUUGGGAACAUCAAGUACAUGGUGGUUGGACCCAGACGUAACGGAGAAGCUGUCCAGUCCCCGACCGAAACUAACCCCGUUCAGGACAACGCACCCUUCUGAAGCUCCUCCUUCCGCGCUUAUCACCGGGACGACAUCAUCGCUGAGUGACCCUUGACCUGUGACAUCACCCUCCACACCAUAUGCCAUUACUCACUACUGCCUCCCUCCUCAGUUACCUAUAGCCCAGUCCUAAAUGGGCCCUUGGCUCCUAGGCCCUUGUGGAGAUCUGAUUAGGACUAGAUAGGUGUAAGCAAUACGGCAACAAUUCAACGUAUACUAUGAGAAGGUGGAGCCACUCACCAUAUUGUUUAAACCGAUCUGAGUUGUUGCCAGAUUGCUUGCGCGCCUAUCUAGUCAACUUCAUCUCUACACAAGUACCUCGGGAGUUUUGGGCUUAAGGGUCGAUCUAGAAUCUCCCUCAGCCUCCUCGACCUACUAAAAGCAUGUGCAUAUCUCAUCUCAGUCGACCGCAACAGGACAACAGGUUACACACCAUCAAAUCAACACCACUUGUAAAAAAAAAAAAAAACAAACUUAAACCAUUUUGUAUUUAUAAAACUAUUUUACACUGCUUUUACAUAACUUUUAUCUAUAUGUAAAAUUAUAUAUGAAUAGAUAUAUUGUAAACAAUACUGCAAGUCGGCAUUUAUCAGUAGGUGAGGAGGAUGGAGAGUCUCGAGGAAACACGAGUGCAAAAAAUGUCCAAAAGAGGAGAGAGAAUAUAUGUCUAAAAUAAAAAACACUAUGAAUACAACAACCAUCUCUGUUUUGUACCCUGCUGGGCAUUUACUUCAGUUUAUUUUCUACACUGAACAGAAUGUGAAGCAAUGCUUUGGUGUAUAGCUUCCUGGCGAAUGUAGAAACUGUCUUUUGGCCUUAUUCUUUCACUCCUAUUACUUUGUUGGUAGAAAGGUUUCUUUCUUUUGGUGAUAAAAAAAAUAUAUAAAAAAAUGAAGUGGUAGAAAAGGGUUUAAAAGGGGAGGGGUUUUAUCACUCUGUGUUGGCUCACUGCUGAUGUGCCACAUCUGAGAUGAUCUACUUUGAAAUUCAGUCCAGACAUUCUGACAUAUGAAGAAUUGUCCCCAUGUCACAGAACUAAUUCCCCACGUGUGUGUGCACGUGAAUUAUGUACACACCAUACACUCCCACAGACCCUGACUAACGUCACUGUUAUGAUCACCAACACUUCCUGUUUUAGCCAGUGUGGACUAAUCCAGCCUUUUUAACGCGGAUGAUCAACUAGCGGUCACCGUUAUCCUGCCGCAACCUUCAACAGCAGCCGUUGGUUUGGUAGCACCGUCACUUUUUGUUAUUUUCAACAUGAAGUACCUACUUUAGAUUUGUAUUAUUUUUGCCUGAUUUUUAGUCUUUCUAUCCAUGGGAUUGGAUGUUCAUUUAGCCUUUAUCUAGCCUACUUAAGUAAUUUACUUUUUUUUUUUUUCAUUUUUAGUAGUCCUACUUAGGUGAUGCAUUUUAGAUUCUUCUCUUGGGUGGAGUAUAAGAGUCAUUUUUGUAUUUAAGUGCCAUCUGUAAAUCGUUUUGAUUUAUUAAACCUGCCUGUUAUAUUUCUCUCAAGAGAAUCUUGAAGUUUAGAUUUCAUUAGGAUGCCCAUUUAGCUGUUGCGCAUGCAGCAGCUACUCUUCCUGGGGUCUACAUGAAACUAAAUAUAUGACCGAGUACAGAACCGUUGUAGACGAGAACAGAAGAUAAUGGUACUGAUACUGGUUUCCCAGACCCAGAGAAUCUCCAUUGAAUACUUUUUAGUCCAGGACUGGUCUUUAAUCAGUGUUGGCAGACCGGUCCUCACAGGCAGCCUAAUUCUGAUGUUUUGGACAAUUAUUGUUAAAAGAUCUGAUCUGAUUGGUCAAAAGACUAAUUAGCGGCAAAAGAUCAGAAUUGGGCUUGCCUGAGUAAACGCCGUUUUAAGUACAGUAGGUUUCUAUUGUCUCUGGUUAUGACAUGGCAAAGAGAAAGGCCUUAUGUAACUUGUGUAGAGCUGCAAAUACAUGUUUGGGUCAAAUGUACAUUUUUGCAACGGGAUGAAAGAAUGACUAUAUAUAAUUGCCUUAUUUAGGACGUGAGUCUAGUUGUAGACAGUAAAGGGAUCAGAUAAGCUAAUGUUGGCUGAAAAAUAAUAAUUGUGGUUUGUUUUAUGUUUGGAUUUCAAUAAAGAAUUCAUUUAAAUAAA